GGUACCAACUCACUAUCCUCUACUUCUCUUCCUUUCUCCUCUCCUUCUUCUUACUUCUCCUUAUCUUUCCCCCCCUUCAACACAAGAGCUCUAACACGUCCAUCAAUGACCCCUGCACAAUCAUGGCUUUCAACUUCAACUGGGCUCCCUUAACUACAUCAAACACCUCAUCCAGCGCCUUCUACUCGCACGCGAAAUCCCUACUGACCGCUGCAUUGAACAAAUCUCAGAAGCCGCCCAUCAUCGUCGACGACAUAUUCGUCGAGGAGCUGAACCUUGGCCAGUCGGCCCCCGAGCUGGAGAUUCUGGAGAUUGGGGAUCUGGCGGAGGACCGGUUUCGCGGCAUUUUCCGCUUGGGUUAUGAUGGGGAUGCCUUUUUGACGCUGAGGACCAAAGUUCAGGUGAAUCCGCUAAAUACUUACCUAUCCACCACCCCUUCAUAUACCUCGCCUAUGCCACUCGCUGCUUCUUCUCCCUUGACCAUUCCGCUGCAAAUCACCCUCUCGCACUUCCGACUGUCCGGCUUUAUCAUCCUGGUUUUUUCGAAGGCGAAGGGGGUUACGCUGGUCUUCCGUAAUGAUCCGUUGGAAUCGCUCAAAGUCUCGUCCACGUUCGACACCAUCCCGUUUAUCAAGGACUAUUUGCAGGAAGAGAUUGAAAGGCAAGUCCGCCGGUUGUUCCAGGAGGAGCUGCCGGUAGCGGUGCAUCGGUUAUCAUUGCGGUUAUGGAACCCCGAGUAUGCUGCCUCGUUGGGUCUCGAUGCUCAUGAUCCUGACCCGUCUUCCCCGAUCGAUGGGAUCGAGGAUGGGAGUGGGGAUGACGCGAUGGCGGCACUCAUAAAUCCAUUGUUGUCGCCUAGCGACAACUCCGACACCCCGUCCAUCGCGUUCUCGCAAAAGAACCUAGUCGCGUUGAAAGAGCUUUCGGAAGCUCAGAAGACGUUGUCAAUACGCACUCCAGGUAUCUCGGACGCUGUAUUCCGAGUAUGGGCCUCCGGCGGUGGUAGCAGCUCUGCGGGCUGGGAAAGGAGCGUUGAUGCACCCAGUACCCUUAUGGGCCCACGAACUUAUACAUUCUCCGACACCGGCGAGGCGAUAAGUUCUGCCGCGAGUAUCUCCUCAAGGCCUGGUCUCGCUACAUCAUCGUCGGUGUCCACCGGAGGAGGGGUAUCAACACCCGGCACUCGAACCCGAGGGAAGAAGAAGAAGCACCGGGUUGUUAACCUCCGCCCCACCAAGGAAUCUACACAUUCAGAUCCGGCACCUGAUAAACCUACCACAUCAACCACGCAGACCACCAUCACCUCUGCGGGUCGAAAAGAGGAAGACCUGCCAACUCCGCAAACACCUACUUUCCCUUCACCUCCCCAACCCCAGCUCAUCCCGAGCACACCAACCACCCCGACCCCCACCUCCUCUCCAUUCUCCCAAGAAGAAAGGGUAGUCUUCGAAUCACCAGUAUCACCAACUUCACCCUUCGCGGCGGAGAAUAUCACCUGCUCCCAAACCUCUCCCUCCGAGCACCGCCGCCCACACUUACGCACUGGAUCGGCACACUCUUCGGGCAUCCUUGAGCAGGCGUUUAUGAAGAAACUAGCACAUGAAAUGCAAAAAAGGAUAGAAGAGGAGAGGAGGAGGAGAGGAGUCGUGGGUGGGGCUAGCGGGAAGCUGUGGUGCGAAGUGGAGAGGGAAUUGGCGGGCGUGGGGUUGGGGGCGGGAAUAGGGGUGGGGAUGGGAAUGGGAAUGGGGAUUGGGGGUGUUGGGGCUCCUCCGGCGUAUCGCCAGUAGGUUUAUAAAAGAGAGGCUUUUUCUCGGGGUCUCCGCUCACUCUUUUGGUUUUUCUUUCUCUGUGGUUAGCGGCUUGUAUCGUAGAUUGGUGUAGGUGGGCGUUCUUUUUUUAUUCCCCACCUGCACUUUUGUUUUAAAUUUUCGUUGCGCUGUGUUGGCAUCACUCGCCAUUUCUUAUUCAUUCACUCAUUCAUCAGCCCAAUGCCUCCCUUCUUUCUUGUCUCUUCUUCCCUGCUUGUUUGCCCUGUUUCCACAUCUACUCCAUUUCAUUCAUUUCUUAUGUCAGGGUUAGACGGCUUGCUUAUAUAUAUACUACUAAAAGUUGGAUUUUUGUUUUUUCCUCUUUUGUGAUCUCUGUUUUGCAUUUUCGUUGGGACCGCUUGCGUGUUGGCACUUGUCUGGGUUUGGGGAGGGAGGGACGGGGGUUGGGGUUUUGUGGUGUAACUAGGGACUAUGAAUUCUUCUAUCUCGAUAAUGAUAUUAUCAUAUUAUGAUA